AGGUGGUAGUUCAAUCAAAUCCAAACUUCAAUUUUACAAUAGGAACUGUUAUGGUAGUUGUGAGUAUAUUUACAACCAGGAAUUAUUAUGAUAGUUGUGGUAUGGCUCGAAUUUGUGUAUGAAUUGAACACUUGAAAUCCCAAUUUAGGAAACAGCACUAGUGCAAGGAGAUUUUAGUAAUGGUAUGAAAACUUCCUGCUAAAAUUUUGAAUUCAAUGAUUAACAGAUUAUUACUCAUUUCAUCCUCCAUUUGGAGUGGGGAAUUGGGAGAGGCUAACUUUCAAUUGUGCAAACUUCUAGCAUGAACUAAUAGCUUUUAGUUCAAUGAUAUUGAAGUUGUCUCUAAGACCGAGAAAUUUUGAUUUUGAAUUUUAAUAGGAGUCGACCUCAUGACUCAUAGCUCUUAUUUCAGUCUACGGAAAUCAAGUGUACCUUUCCCACAUCUAUUUAUUCAAUACCAGUUAUCCAGGACACCUAACUGCCCACGACUAAAUAAAGGGAAAAGAAAAAGACAAUAAAAAUGACAAAGAAACAUCCUUUAUAUGACAAAGAUUAAGAUUACAAAUCACAAACAGGGUAGCUCUCUAUUUCCUCUCAUGGUACAUAAGACAUGACACAGGUGCACGUCUAGCACUUGGUUUUCUAUAUCCCACACGCCACGGGCAGCACAAAUCUUGUGCCUUCCCAUGAAGGCAACAUUCUUCAAGUUAAAACACACACAGGCACACUAACAUUAUUUACCAUUAUAAUAUUACAUUCUCUAAACCAUAUCUAAUUAAACCUAUUUCUAGCUCUCUAUUUGCACAUGCUCCUCGCACUCCUCUCAUUCACUCUGCCCUCUACCAACCAUCCUAUCACUCUAUGUAUACCAGUAACAUGCUUAUAAUAAUAUUAGUGGGGUACGGACCAUAAUAAUAAAUUUGAAAAAUACGAAUAUAUUAGGUGUACUUAGGUAUGUAAACAUUUAAAAAGAAAGAAGAAAAUGGGAUGAGAAGAAAGCUAGAAAGCUAGAAAGCUUACCACAUUCACCUUGCCAACCCACCACAAGACUAACGUGCCUCCCCUCCAUUUUGUUUCACAUAUAUAACACCCACCUCAUCACCUUUCUCUUUCACUAGCCUUUUCUUUUCUUCUUCUCUCAAAUCCUGGAUAUUCAUAUAAUCGCUAAUGGCUGAUCCUGAAUGCGAUGCCACGUCCGACAUUCAAAGGAAAGUCAUCAGCAAGCAUGCUUCAGCCAUGCCGGUGGAGCUCCAGUCGGUUGCUGGACCGGUGCCAGUUCCUGCUGUGGCUUCUUGCGGAGCAUGCAAGUUCUUGAGGAGGAAAUGCCUUAGUGGGUGCAUUUUUGCACCCCACUUUGGUUCAGACCAGGGUGCAGCCCGAUUUGCAGCGGUGCAUAAGGUGUUUGGUGCUAGUAAUGUGUCCAAGCUGUUGCUGCACAUUCCGAUGAACCAGAGGCAUGAAGCGGUUGUUACAAUAUCUUAUGAAGCUCAGGCAAGACUAUCUGAUCCGGUUUAUGGUUGUGUGUCCACCAUACUUGCUCUGCAACAACAGGUUGCAUCUUUGCAAGCCGAGCUUGCAAUGGUCCAAACUCAGCUAAUAAACAGUAGGUUUGAAAUGGCAAAUGUUCUUCAAAACUCCCAGCAGCAGCAGCAGCUUCAUCAUUACCAACAUCUUCAACCAGCCUACUCUAACAACUCCUCAGCUUGCACUAACCUCAUCAAUAUGAGCAGUUUCACCUCCAACUUUGACCUUGUCACUGACACUGCUCCAUCUUCUCAUAGCUUGGAGCCUCUCCAGCAUUCCCGGCCAUCCCAUGACGGGGAAGAUGAUGAGGAACAGAGCCGGAUAUUCCCGGCAUUUUUGCCGAUAAAAAUUGGACCCGCUUGGGACUUGCUUCAGAAAUACGCAAGAAGAAGGAAGAGCCUUUCUCUCAUGGAUCUUUCUUUGAUUUCCUCAGAUCUCUUCCUCUAGAAAAUAGAAUCUGAAUCAUGUCCACCCC